AUGUCUCCGCUGCUAUUCUGCUCCGAGGUGGGCUACUUGGUCUAUCAAGGAGGCUCAGUAGAAGGCACUCGCGCAGUGAUACCAAAGAUCGCAAUAUUGCUCGAAGUCUUCCGCAAACAUUCCUAUCCCAUCUACCACACCCGCGAGGGACACCGUUCGGAUCUAUCCACCCUCUCCUCGCGCGAGCUGUUUCGGUCGCGGAACAACGAAAGCGGACUGGGCAUCGGUGACCGUGGUCCGCUCGGACGCUUCAUCAUCCGCGGGGAGCGCGGCCACGACAUUGUGGACGAGCUCUAUCCGCGCGACGGCGAGCCCGUCGUGGACAAGCCGGGACGGUCGGCAUUCGCGCACACCGACUUUGAGCUGCUGUUGAGGCUGCGCGGCGUGCGGAACCUGGUUCUGUGUGGGGUGACAACGGACGUAUGCGUGCACUCCACGAUGCGCGAGGCGAAUGACCGCGGAUUCGACUGCCUGCUCGUGGAGGACGCGACGGGUGCGAGCAUGGACCGCCUACACGAAGGGGCUGUCGACAUGAUACCGAAGGAAGGGGGCAUUUUCGGUGCGGUGUCCAAUGUAGCGGAUAUCGUCAGCGGUAUCGAGAAGUUGGCGGACGAGCAGCGCGGUGUAUAG